AUGCAGCUGCAGCUACACCUAUUAGGAGCUUUGGUGCUCCACUAUGGGGCUAGCCAGUUGCCUCGGAUCUGGGCAGUGGGCGCAGAGAUAUCUGAUGGGCUUCCCCUUCGAGAGGAGCCGCCCCACGCUGCUGCUGCAGUAACAGCAGGCGCUGGUGCCAGUGAAGCAGCAACUGCCGAAGAGGGGGGACCUGGAGAAAAGGGUCAGCCUGGAAAGCCGGAAGCGCCUAUGGCGGAGGUGGUGAAGGUUGCUCUGAAGGCGCUACAGGGACAUGCACCGGAUCUCCUGGCGAAACUCAAAGAAAUAGCUGGUAAUGGCAGCUGCCAUAAGCAGCAGCAGAGUUGCCGGAUGCGGGGUGGCGCCAAGAGGAAGAAAAGUUCGAGAAGUGCGGGGACAUGGGACUCUCAGGCCCAGGGAACUCCCCGAGGAGAUAAGGCGAAACGGGGAGCAGAAAAUGCAGGAGAUGCACAGAAGAUGACUUCUGGGGAGCGGGGGUGCCAGCGACAGAGGUGGGCUUCAGGAAGUGACUGUCCUGAAGCUGGAAUUGCAGAAAAAAGUGACACAGUAGAAACAGAAAGAUGGGAAAGUAGGGAGGAAGUUGAAGGCAGGGAGGUGGGGGACCGUCUCGGGCUUAUGGGCGCGGAAUCCAGGAGAUCAGGAAGUGCAAGUGGGCGGGAAAAGUUCGGCAGAACUAGAGUUUUGCUGCCGAGGGCAGCAGCAGCUGGGGCGGGGUGGGGAGCGGGACAAACAGGAGAAAGUGGAGAGGCAAGUGAAAACGUGAGGAGGAGGGGAGCGGAGGAAACCGAAGAGAAUGCGAAACCAAUGAGUAGACCGAAAGCGGGAAAAGGCAGAGGUCCUGCAGCUCUUGCCAGCAUAAUGACCGCGCAACAGUUGCUGACUUUACUGGGAAGACGUGCGGCAGCAGCUUCUGGUGCUGCUGCUGCUCCUGCUGCCGAGGGUAGUGCUCAUGGUGAUGCCUCCCGGGCUGAAGGCGUUCCUGUAUAG